GCAACAGAGAAAUGGACACUGAUAACAUCACUGCAUCUGAACCAUCUUGGGAUGACGGGAUUAGAAGAAAAGUACGAAUAGCCUGUCUGGUCAUCUACUGUGUGAUCAUCGUGGUUGGGAUGGUGGGAAACGGUCUAGUCAUCUACGUGACAGGCUUCAGGAUGAAGAGAACAGUCAACUCAAUUUGGUUUCUCAACUUGGCCCUGGCUGACUUCCUUUUUACAGCCUUCCUGAUUUUCUAUUCCAUUGAACUCUCUCAGGACUACUGGCCAUUUGGACUUUUCAUGUGCAAGCUCGACACCUUUGUGACUGUAAUCAAUAUGUUUGCCAGUGUAUUUCUUCUGACGGCCAUUAGUCUGGAUCGUUGCCUGUGCACCUGUGCAGUGGUAUGGGCACGAAACAAUCGCACUGUUUGCAAAGCUCAACUCGUAAGUGUUGCUAUCUGGUUGAUGGCUAUGGUCUGCAGCAUCCCUUAUGCCACUUUUCGCACACUUAAGGAGUAUAAGGGGAAUCCUUCCUGUUUUUAUUCAGAAGACAAGAUACUGUGGUUGUUCGUUUUUAGUUUUAUUAUGGCUUUCCUCUUCCCAUUCCUGGUAAUAACGGCAUCUUAUGUGACCAUAGGUGUUCGUACAAGGCGCCUGCAAAGUGCAAGGAAACAGAGAUCUCGUCAAAUCAUUAUCUCUGUCAUUCUUGCAUUCUUCUUGUGCUGGUUGCCCUCUCAUGUUUUUAAGUUAUUAUAUGUAUUUACUCCUGGUAACCCACAAAUGAAAGUCAUUAUUAAACUUGGAUUUCCUCUAACUGUGAGUUUGGCUUCUCUGAACAGCUGCCUGAACCCCAUUCUCUAUGUUUUCAUGUGUGAUGAAUUCCAGAAGAAGCUUAAGCAGUCUAUAUUCCUGGUCUUUGAGAGCGCUCUGGCAGAGGACAGAGACACUUCUCAGAAGUCUCACUCUGCUGUACCUGUGCAGAGUAGUGGCACAGUCACUUCCUUAACCUUGGAAGAAAGCAGAGUCGACGCAACUGAGGAGAGAGAGGCACUGAGCACUGAAUAAGAAAAGUGGAGCGCAAGUGGAAACUGAUUCAGACAGUACAUCUGCUCAAAGUU